UUUCAUUGAUGUGUCUGCGUACACGUGCACCCCCAUAUGAAAAUGCUGAAAAAUCCUAUAACCUCUUCUAUGAAUCAUAAGAAUGAAAAUUUGUCAAGAAGAGAAAGUAUCAUCCGAUGAUGUCUACGUAUCGUCUGAUUUCAUGGGGUACAAAUUCCCACGGUCAAUUAGGACAAGGUAUAUUAUCCGAACAAUGUAUUUUACCUCAAAAUGUCGAUUUAUCCGGAUGUUCCUUGAGACCAGAAAACAUAAGGAAGAUUGUCGGUGGCGCCGGGCAUACGCUGAUUUUAGACAGGGAUGGUCGGAUAUAUUCUUGCGGAUUGAACGACAAGGGACAAACUGGAAACGGCAAUAUCGAACAGAGAAACAUUUUAACGUUUCAAAAAAUAUGCGCUCUCAAACAUGAAGUGAUUGUUGAUGUAUGUUGCGGAUGGGAUUAUUCCGCAGCAUUAACGAGAAACGGCGAGUUAUAUGUAUGGGGUUCCAAUCGCUAUGGACAAUUAGGUUUGGAUCAUUCAAUUUUUCCCACAAUAUUGCAGCCCCGCAAAAUUUCGAUCGGCGAAAGAAUCAGAUGUGUUUCUAUGGGUCUGCGACAUACCGCCAUCGUGACAGAAAGUCGCGAACUUUAUACUUGCGGAGCAAAUAAUAGAGGACAAUUAGGAUUAAUUAAUCCGAAAACUAUGGAACCUUAUAUUCUUCUACAUACAUUCACAAAAGUUCUAGAAUUGACAAAGCGGGAAAAUAUAAAAAAUGUUGCCUGUGGUCAGUAUCAUACUGUUGUCAUAACAAAAAAUCAAAAGAACAUGUACAAUUUAUACGUUUUUGGUGACAAUAAACAUGGACAAUUGGGAUUUUAUCCUAAAACAUUUUCUGAGACACGAUUAUGGCAACCUAUAUGUAUCUCGCUUCCCGGCAUGCAAAUCGAUACGCCAAUUCAGGUUCAUGCAGGAUGGAGUCACAUAAAUAUCUUAAGCGAUGGUGUAGUCUUUUCAUGGGGAAGAAAUGAUUAUGGUCAAUUGGGUCAUUUAUCAAAUUCACAAAAUAAAAUUUCUAUAGAAGAGAAGCUUCAACAUAUUGAACACAUCCCCAGAAUCAUUCAACUUUCAGUUGGAUCUGAGCAUAAUGUUGCUUUAACUGAUGAUGGUGCGUUAUUGUGUUGGGGCUGGAAUGAGCAUGGAAACUGUGGUAAUGGAAACACCGAAAAUGUUUUAAAGCCAGAAUUUCUUUCAAUUUUAUUCAAUUCUGUUGGUGUCCUCAUUGGUGCUGGUACAGGUCACUCAUUAGCUGUGAUAAAAGAUAUUAGCUAGUUACAAUAUUAAUAUAUUUGCAAAAAAAUUUAUUCUUUUAUAUUUAUUUGCAAUAAUGUAUAUAAAUAAAAUAUUUUUGUAAAUA